AUGGGAAAAACGGUCGACCUCAGUUUGACCGACUGUAAAGUCAAGAACUGGAUUCUACCCGCUUUUUCCACCACCACGGAAAAUGACGUCAUCUCGUGCGGCGUCAUUUUCAUGGCGACGAUGAAAAAAUAUUUCGACUACGAAUGUUCAUUUACGUUGUGCGGUAUACCGGAAGUAGUUUUGGAGGGAAGUGUAGCCGAUUGGGUGGAGAUUGAUAAGCGGAUUGAUAAGCUGAGGGAGUACGAAGGAUUGGAAACGUGGUGGACCAUGCUGAAGGAGAUUACCCAGCAAUUUCUUGCCGCCAAAGAGGGGAAAGUUGAUACAAGUUGGUGGAGCAAGAUUUGUGACGUUGAAUAUUACGAAGGUCAUAUGUCAGGGGACCCGAAUAAAAGUUGGAUUACGGGAUGGAUCACCACGUUUGGUUACUUUGAUGUGGAAGGAAAUGUAAAUUCCACUUCCCGGACUAAGCUAUCCUGGGCCCUCGAUGUUUCUGAGGCCCGGCCCCGUUCCACAAUUCAUAAGGGGUUGGAGAUGAAGGACAUUCCGCUGAGCUAUGUGCACGUGGAGGUCGUUUUGGAGGAAUAAUUGACCAAGGAACGGAUCCCCACGGUCAUGUUUGCCGGAUUGGUGGGAACGGGGUGGGAGGACAAUGGGGCAAGUCUUAGGCCUUCAGUGGGGUGGGCCAUAGCUUUGCGAGAUGAUGCAGACCCCAAUUUAGGAGUGGGAUACCCGGGAAGUUUCCCAUGAGACGCCCGAUGCAAAAAUUUUGAAAAAUCUGCUUCAUAAUUAAUGUGUAUAUGGAGUUUACAAAUACGAACGGAUUAUCAGUUUACCCUAAUAAGCCUGAUUUUUUUUGUUU